GAUGCCUCGCUGUUGAGACAGAAUAUGAUGGUGCUCGUGCUGCUGGUGGGCGCGGCGUCUGCAGCGGCUUCGGCGGCGGCGGCGGCUGCAGCGGCGGCCGCUUUCACGGCUUCGGUGCCCGCCUCCGGCUCCAGCAACAAGCACGGCCUCGACUGCGACUUCGAGAGCCCUUGCGCCUGGAGGUGGGAUGCGGGUGGCUUCGUCCUCGCCUCGGGGGCAACGCCGUUGGAGAACGGCACCGCACCUGCCACCGAUGCCAGCGGAAACGCUGAUGGACACUACUUGCUGGUGCAGAGCCGCGGGGGCCCGCCGCUGGAGUACCUGGUUCGAAGCCCGCGCACGCCCAGCACCAUGCAGCGCUGCCGCCUCCACCUGUGGCUUCACAUGCUCAACAUGGACGACGGCCACUUCAAGGUCGUCAUCGAGAAGGACGUCAGCCCCGCCGUCAUCGUCAUCGAUAAGCGCGGGAACUCCGACAACGCGUGGCGGCGGCACGAGUUCACAAUUGGACGCGUCAGCGAAGACUUCCAGCUGGCGCUGGAGGCCGUCACGGCCAAUGGGAUGCCCUCGCACCUCGCCAUCGACAACAUCACUGUCAUCGACUGCUUCCCAGAGGAGGCGGAGACGACGUGCUUGAGCGUACACGCGUUCCAGUGUGAAGAAGACGGUCGCUGCAUCGACUAUGACCACGUGUGUGACCUGCAGGAGGACUGCGACAACGGCGAAGACGAGCAGCAGCCGUGCUGGGACCUAGAUAAGGUGCCUGCACGUAGCCGCUGUUCCUUUGAGGGCGAGGACGGCUGGUGUGGGUGGGAGAACGCCCCCAAUGCCCAUCUCAACUGGACUCUGCACAACGGCUCCAGCAGUAAGGAUAUCACGGGACCCGACCACGACCAUACCUAUGGCAACGUCUCGGGUCACUACAUGUACGCCAACAUGUCGAACGCGAAGCAGUUCGCGGACGCGGCGGUGUUGGAGAGCGCCAUCUUCUAUCCGCCGCCGCCGUACCACGCCAACCCUACCUCACCCUACUUCGGUACAUGUAAGGUGCGUUUCCACUUCCACCAGUUCGGGCCGCACAGCGGUUCUCUGGAGCUGUACGCGACCGAGAUGGACAAGAAGCAGAGCGCGCGCAUCCUGUCGCGCACGUUCGGCGACCACGGCGACCAGUGGUGGCGCAUCGUCGCGCAGCUGCCAAACAUCACGGAGAGGUAUCGGUUUCGUUUCGAGGCGAAACGCGGGUACAGCCCCCGAGGAGAUGUGGCCAUCGAUGACUUCUCCAUGAGCCCAGAGUGCUUUGGACUUGGUGUUCCUCAAAAUGAAACUGGCAACUACAGAUACAACAUAUCAUACUGGGAAGCAAGAAGACGACCAUCAACGGAACCCCAUCCGUCUUUUAUCAAUGCCACAUAUUAUGUCCUGACUACUUGCAAUAAACGUGGACCAGAGGGACCAACACAAGAAGACUGUAACUUUGCUUAUAGCACAGAUGAAACAAAAGUAACUGUCCACACUGGUGCCAAAGCUGGAAUUCAGGAAUGGAUUGUUCCUGAGGCUGGAUAUUACACGAUUAUAGCCAAAGGAGCAAGUGGCGGGUCGGGUUCUGAUGCAUAUGGUGCAAGUUACAGUGCUAUUGCUCGUACCAUAAUUGAGUUGGACAAGGGCCAAAGAAUUUAUGUUCUUGUGGGGCAAGAAGGAACUGGAGCAUGUAAGUUUACAGGUUACAGCAACGAUUAUGCUUGCCAAAGAAACUAUACAACCUCUAGACCUUCAGGAGGUGCCAUAUUUGGAUUGAAGACCUUUGAACCAAUGAAUAGAAGUGGUGGUGGUGGAGGUGGAGGAACAUUUGUCUUCCUUCUUAGGAAUGGUACUGAAGGAAGGCCAGUACUGAUAGCAGCUGGUGGUGGUGGUCUUGGACGAGAGUCUUCUGGCACUCAAGGCAGACAGCAUGGACAUGGCAUUAAUUUGAGCAGGAAAGCAUUCUCUGGAAAAGAACACAACACUACAACUGCUGGUGCUGGUGGUGGCUGGAGAAAUCACACAGAUACAGGAAACCCCUUCACUGGAAGGUCAUUGAUCCACGGUGGCCGUGGUGGUCGUGGAUGUUCUCAUGUUUAUAUCAAUGAAGGAUCAGGUGGUUUUGGAGGAGGUGGCAGUGGCUGUCGUGCUGGAGGUGGUGGUGGUGGCUUUGCAGGUGGAGAUGUUUGGGAUAAUGAAACAAUUGAUGGUGAAGGUGGCUACUCAAUUAUUGGUGAUGGAAUAAUGGGCAAGGUAGAGGAGGGGGCACAUGAUGGUCCUGGUCAAGUGAUUAUCAUACCUGCAGUUUCUGGUUGCAACUGCAAUUACCGCUGUAUUGCUCUUGAUGAGCACCGGCAUAAUGUACGCUGCAUCUGCCCAGACAACUGGGCAGUUGCAGCUGACAACAUAAGUUGUGUGCUUGUUCCAGACAUAACAAGUGAUUGGACAUCAAUCGCAUAUGUUGUUUUCCUGGUUGGUUCCAUACUUAUGGCAUUCGUCAGCUUGGGAAUGCUGUGCAUAUUCAUGUACAAUCGUUAUCAGAAAAGAAAGGAAGCAGUGAUGAGGCAGCAAGUACUCAGUGGUCCAGAUCUUCAGCUAAAUCGGUUGCGAGAAGCAUCAGACAGUCUGAUGACAGAAUAUAAUCCAAAUUAUGAAUUUGGUGGAGGAACAUAUACUGUUAAUGAUCUAAAAGAUAUACCAAGGGAUCAUUUACGGUUAAUUAAGGCUCUGGGUCAAGGAGCAUUUGGUGAAGUGUACCAGGGAUUCUAUAAACAUCGCAGUGGUGAUGCCGUUGAGAUGCCUGUUGCAGUGAAGACUUUACCAGAACUUUCGACAAGUCAAGCUGAAACAGAUUUUCUGAUGGAGGCUCUCAUUAUGAGCAAAUUCAACCAUCCAAAUAUUGUUCAUUUUAUUGGUGUUUGUUUUGAUAAACAUCCACGUUUCAUAGUUUUGGAACUGUUGGCAGGAGGUGAUCUCAAAACAUUUUUGAGAGAAUCUCGACCUAAACCAGAACGCCCUUCUCCAUUAACAAUGAAGGAUCUUCUGUCUUGUGCAAUAGAUGUAGCUAAAGGCUGUAAAUAUAUGGAAGACCUUAGAUUCAUACACCGAGAUAUUGCAGCAAGAAACUGUCUAUUAACAACAAAAGGACCUGGAAGGGUUGUAAAAAUAGCAGACUUUGGAAUGGCAAGAGAUAUUUACAGGGCUGAUUAUUACAGGAAAGGUGGAAAAGCUAUGCUACCCAUAAAAUGGAUGCCCCCAGAAGCUUUCCUGGACGGUAUUUUUACGUCAAAGACUGACAUAUGGUCAUUUGGUGUAUUACUCUGGGAGGUAAUGUCCCUGGGUUACAUGCCAUACACGGGCUGUGCAAACCGAGAAGUCAUGCAACUUGUAACUAGUGGAGGGCGUCUGGAGCCUCCUAGCAACUGUCCUGCUCCAGUUUAUGGUAUUAUGACCCAGUGCUGGCAUCCUAACCCAGAUGAACGGCCCAACUUUGCCACAAUACUUGAGAGGCUGGGCUAUGUUGCACAGGACCCUGAUGUCGUGAAUGCACCACUUCCUGUUUUCAAUCGCCCUCCUUCUGCCGAACGGGACAUCACCGUGAUGCGGCCUCCAGCCCACGAGAACUCCUGCCUGCUCCUGCAGCGAGCAGCUGAUUAUCUGGUACCCAUCUCGGGACCUACCCCUGAUUUGCCAUCAUCCCCAUCCACUAGCAGUGUGGAUAAACUACUGGCCAAUUCUGACUGGGAGACAAGCUUUGCACUUCCAGAAUCACGUUCAACACAGCCGUUGUUGGGAGAACAGGGCUCACACUCAGGUUCUCAUUCAGGAUCUCACUCUGGCUCUGGGUCUGGUUCUGGUACGGGCACUUCAUCUUCACCCUCUCCAGGUGCAUCCAGUGGUGUUGGUGCCAGUGUCAGCUGUGGCGGGACUAAUGGGAGUACUGGUGUGGGUGCAGCGGCAAGUAGUGGGGAAAAUUUCACAGGUUCCACUUCUGAGACUGGGGGAGGAGGAGGAUUGCUGUCAUUGGAUGCUGCUGCCCUUGUGAAGCAACCUCCGCUAGCCUAUGCAAAUGUUACACCUGCCCAUGCAGUGCCGACUGCACCCCCUACUACAGAACUACCUGAAGCACCAGGGCAACCAUUUUCAAUUGGAACAAGGGGGCGUCCUAUAUCUGAUCUUGAAAUAUCGUGUUGAAUGACCUAGCUUAAAAUAAAAACUGAAAGUGAAAAAUAUACAAUAGCCAAUGCAGAUGAGAAUUUUACUGUUAAAACUCAGAUCUGCAGUUGGUGAAAGACUUGUAAGAAAAAACAAGUAUUACAGAUAAAUAUAUAUUGAACUCCCACAAGAAUUUUUCUGUGGUAGUUUCAAGAGUAUCAGGGUUUAGUAUGGGUUUAAGGUAAGAAUAACUGGUGCAAAUGCUUAAUUGUUGGAAAGUGAAUAUUUUUUAGUGCUCAGUGCUUGAAGUUACAUGUUGAACAGAAACUCAAGACUAACACUUCACUUCUAGUUUGAAGGAAAACCAUGUGCUUUGAUUACAACAAAGGUCAUGGUUAAUUUUGAAACAAAACUGAAAAUGCAGUUAUCCUGAAAUUCCUCUUGGAUAAUUUGCUCAGGUUAACUGAUAUGCCUGUGAAAAAUAUUGAUUCAUGUUGUAUCCUCCUCUGUAAAAAUCACAUACCUAUUAAUCCCUCUCUGUCAGUCCGUGCAUGAAUCUGUUGCAGUGAAAUCAUGCAUGAUAUUAGUACAACCCAUAAAGCAUGCACCGACAUAAGUGUAUCAUAAAUACGUAACAUUUGCCACAGCAUGUCUGAAAUAUCUGGUGUUACCUUGUUUUAUGUAAUUUCUCAUAAACAACUGAAGUUAUGUGAUAAAACUACAUCAAUGUGUACUGAUUCAUUUUAGACUCUUCUGUGUACACAUAUAAAUGGAAAAUAUUUGUUUUGAGACAUUCAUAAGUGUGUUGACAUAUAAAUACACUCUUUCUGAGUCUACUUCACAUUUAUCGCACAUCUCAAGAUUGUGUUAAUGAAAGGACAAGGCGACCCUUGUGCAUAACUUGGUAAGACCUCCUUCAUAAUAUAUUUUGAGAUCAAAAAUACAUGUCAGGUAGAAACUUCAUGACAAUAAACUGGAAUAGAUUAUUCACAUGAAAGUGUAUUCAAGGGAUGCAUAGCAUGUCGUCAAAAGGAGUAUGUAAUGUACUCCUCUUUUCUCCAUCAUGAUUUCUCACAGUUGGUAUCAGUGUUUUGUUUGAUAUUUGAAUUAGAAUGUCAAUUUGUAAACAUUUGUAUGUACUGAUCAUAUUGUGCUAGCUAUCAAUACAUGUAUAUUUUUAUAUAAUUUUUCAUAUAAGAAUUGAAACAAACUCCGUAGAAUUUUUAAAGAGUUCAGAGGAAUAGCUGGUUCACAUUUAAUGUGCCAAGCACAUUACAGAGUGUUUAUGUGGACUGCCUACACAGCAGUGAGAAGGACUGUAUCAAAAUAUGACUGAAGAUACAAACUUCCUUAAAUUUAAGAUGUGUUGUGUGCUUCAAUCUUACAUAAAGAAAAGACUUGCAAGUUAUAUGUGAAACUGAAGCCAUAAUAAUAGUUACCAUGUAAUUUACAUACUGCGUACACCCUUUGGGAAUAUAUUAAGCUUCUAAGAGAUGUGUAUUAUUUUAACUUUAAUAUGGGCAGAAUAAAUUGUUGGUGCAAAAAUUAUAACAGAAAUAUAUGACCCAAAAAGUUA